AUGAAGUUCUCCACAUCCACUCUCGCCUUCCUCUUCCUCGGGGCCGCAACGGCUGCACCCGUGGAAGUCAGUUCCGAAGUUGCUGAGCGAGCUGCCAACUGCGUGGUGAAAUUCAACAUCACCAUUGGCCGCUCCACGUCAUUCAAGAUGGUGGGCUCGCUGCCCGAGCUUGGAAACUGGAACUACGAUGCCGCAAAGGAAUCUACACUAGAGAAUGCGCAGUUCUCCUAUGCGUACUUCUCCCGCGAGCUCAACUUGGCUCCUGGUACUACCAUCAGGUACAAGUACGGACGCGUCGACGCGAACACCGGCCAAUUCGCCUGGGACCAGACUGGUGAAAGGUCGUACACUGCACCGCAAACUUGCACGCAGACGAUCUUCCACGUUGACUCAUGGAAAUUUUAAGGAGAUUGUGGGAUAUUUGCCUGUCUUCCCUUCACUCGGAGGGGGGAUGAGAAUAAGAUAGUUUGGACCUCUUGCUUCUGUUGGCAACUUGGAUAGAUACGCGAACCAUAACGUCUAUCGCUAAGAGGCAGACAGCUAGUUUCUAAUACAAGAUUUAUGCUACCCUAAUACAGGCACUUUUGAAUGGUGUACCGGAC